AUGCCACAGAAUACAACAAGAAUUUCCCAUUUCUUGUCAUAUUUGACCCUACGAUACAUAAAGAAAACCCAGGAGAUGGUUAAGCUAUCAAACUACACUUUCCAGCGAACUCCGUUCAGUGUGACGAACAAAUGGCUUUUUGCCACGAAAGCAAUUGUGAUCCUAACGGUUGGAUUCUGGGCACCGUUCAUCGUUGUCGAAUACCAGUUGAGGAAAGCGAACCAGUAG